CAGUGAUCAAACAAUCGCGGUUCGCAUUGAAUAUACAUAGUUCUCCCAGAUCAGCUAGCAUGCAUAUCAAAUCAUCAUUGUUUGUUUUUCUCCUGGGUCUAACCAUUGGAGUGAUGUGGAUCCAAGCGGAGACCCAACAGCCCAUUACAGAGACCUGCCUGGUCUGUAUGUGCCAGGCCUUGAGCGGUUGCAAUGAUACGGCUGUUUGUGUGAAUGGAGCUUGUGGCAUCUUCAGGAUCACCUGGGAUCAGUGGGUGGACUCCGGGCGAUUCACCAUAGCCGGGGACUCGCCUUUAACGGAUAGCUCCUUCACCAACUGUGCCAACGAUCCCAUAUGUGCUGCCAAUACAUUGCAAAGUUAUAUGGUUAAAUACGGUCAGGAUUGUAAUGAUGAUCAAACGGAGGAUUGCUAUGAUUAUGGAGCCAUCCAUUAUAUGGGUCCUUUUAACUGCAAAGCGGAUAUGCCGUACACCUAUGAGAGCAUCUUCAAGCGCUGCCUUCGAGAUGCUUUGCGGGCGGAGAAGCGCCAGAAAGCCACCUGAAAUUCUGGGAAUGCAUUAAACCCAGUAUAGUAACUUAAUAAAUUAGUAAAUUAUGAGGAAGAGUCCACUUUA